AUGAAAGAUCCAAUCUGUUUAGCUGGCGAUUAAUAUGAAAAUGUUUCAUUGACUAAUAUUGACAACGUUGUUCAAGAAUUAGAGAAAAGAAAGUAAUUGAUGUAAGAUAAAUAAUUUGUUUUGCCAACUACUUAAUGCUUCUGUUUCCCAUAAUAAGGAAAGAAAGUCAUUCCACAAAGAUAAGAAGGUUUCCUUGAAAUUUAUGAUGAUGAUGAAGAACCUUAAUAAUAAGAUGCAGUUGAAAUAUGA